AUGUCAAGUCCACAAAAGAAGAUUAUUAAGGUCUAUGACAAAGAUGGACAAUACAAGACAAUGAUUGUUGAACAAAAGACAACUUCUGGCGAAGUGUGCGAGAAGCUUGGAAAGAAGUUAUUCAUGAAGACUGGCGACAUGCCCCUAUUCAACUUAUAUGUCUUUGAAGGUGGAGUUAAACAGGCAUUAAAGAUGACAGACUUCCCAUUCGAUGUUAUAUCAAGAUUGGAGAGGAAGGAGUAUAAGUUCUACUUCCUUAAUGUACAGGGCGAGUUUAUGAGCUUCCAGGAACAGGUCGCAAACUCAAUGACAGCCCAGGCAACUCAAAAGCCAAGUGCUGUGACAAACAGUGCCACCUCACCAUCAUAUACAUCGGGUGGCGCACAGGGCCAGGGCAGCAGUCCCUCAUCACCAUUGUCCUCACCACCAAUGGCCUCGAUCAAACCAAGCGCAGGAAUGAGUGGAUACUUGAUGCGAAAGAAGGCCGGCAAGUUCUUCAAGACAUGGGUCGUGGCCAAGAACCGCAAUCUCACCUUCCACUCGUCCGAGGAGUCAGCCGCCGCUGGCGACCAAGAGCCACUGAUGGAUCUGUCGCUUGAGAACGCUGUGAUCGAGCUCAAGUCCAGUGAUCAGGGUCCAUACAUCCUCGUCACACUUGCCAACUCUGAGCGCCACACACUCAUGUCCGAGAACCAGGGUGACCUGCAGGCCUGGGCAACCGAGCUGGCCGCAACCAGCGCCUAUUCCACAUCACAGGCCACCAAGAUCGCCUCACCCACCAUGGCCUUCAUCCCCACAUCCAAGGACCUGGGCAUCAAGCUUGUGCAAAAGAUGGAGAACAUCGAGACACAGUCCGCCACGCUGAUCAAAUGGACCGAAUAUCUGGUUGGUCGCCGCACUGGUAUCCAACAUGGCGACGACAUUGGCACGUGCUACAGCGAUGGAAGUAUUCUGGCCAACGUGAUCGACGCGCUGUUCAACAAGAAGAUCAAGUACCGUCGCGGCAAGUCCGUCUACGAGAUGCAGUACAACAUAGACGGCGUGCUCGACACGCUCAAGUCACUCGGUGCCGACUUUGGCAAGCUAAUUGCCUCGGAUAUUGUCGAGUGCAAGGUCAACAGAGUGGUCGUCCGACUGAUAUGGUCGAUCUUUGUGGCGUUCGUGGCCAAUGGCGAGAAGGAGUACGUGGCCAAGGACCGUCUUAUUGGCUGGUGCGGCAGACGCGUCCAAGAGACCAACCGUUCAAUCAUCGUUGAUGGUCCAUCUGCCCUGCAGAACCCCCUGGUAUUCGCUGCGCUCCUCAACAUCAGCAACGCAGGCCAGUUGAUCAAUAUGGACGAGUUGGCGAGGCGGUCGCGAGUCGAGCAGUCACAGGAAGUGUUGGACAAGGCUCACGACCACUUUGGAAUUCCAAAGUUGUUCAGCGCUUCACAGUGGCAGCAGGAUGGCGACGACAAGUCCUUCCUGAUCUACUUGUCAUUCUUCUACUACAAGUUGUCGGGCGAGGCACGUGACAAGGCCGAGCUGAUUGAGACCUGUCGCGAGGCCAAGAAUGCUUUGGAGCCAGAGACCAUCGUGUCGUCCAGGGAGAGGCAGUUGAAGUCCAUGCGUGUUGAGCAACAGAAUAACCCCGCUGUUGCCGCUGCCCCCGCUGCGUCCAUCAACAAGCCACUUGCUGUGGCCACAUCCGCGCCCACAAACACUAUAGUCAAGCCAUCGGCAAUCAAGCAGGCAGCCAAGAUGGCGCCAAAGCCACAGGCAAACACACAGCCCAAACAAGAGGUCAAGGUACAAGCCCCUGUACAGACCCCUGUCCAGGUCAUGGUACAAGCUCCACCUGUUGUUGUACAGGCACCUGUGCAAGUCGAAGUAGUUGAGCCACCUCAACCACAAGUUGUUGUCGAGGACCUGGCUGCCCUGGAGAAGGCUGCCAAGAGGAAGGAGGCAGAGGAGCGUGCAGAGGCCUUGGCCAAGCAGAUGGAGCUCGAAAUGCUCCAGUUUGAGAAUGAGGACUCAGAGAUUGAGGAGAGGAUGAGGCAGCAGGAGGAGCUUGACGAGCAGAUGAGACAGCAACAGAUCCAGCAGCAGCAGCAGGAGCAAGAGUACCAACAUCAAAUGCAACUGCAACAGCAACAGAUGCUGCAACAGCAGCAACAGCAGGAUUACCAGCAGCAACAGGCACUGGAGGAGAUGGAGAGAUUACAGCGCGAGGAGUUCGAAAGGGAGCAGGAGGCUCUGAGUCUUCAAUCACAGAUCGAAGAGCAGGAUGCAGAGAGCCAGAGAUUGUUGGAGCAAUGGGAGAAUCAGAGACGACUGGAGGACCAAGCCGAGCAGCAGCGCAGACAUGAGCAAGAGAUGGAGAGACAGCAAGAGCUGCAUCAUCUCUCGACACAGUCCUCAAUCGGUGACGAGCUGGACAAGAUACUCCGAGCCGAACAGGCACAGCAAGAGAUCGAGAACGAGCAGCAACAUCAUCAGACACAUCGUGUAGACUCAGUGGACGAGCCAACCGUUAAUCAGGCCACCAACUCACUUAUGGACAUGUUUGAUCAGAUCCAGAACGACUUGGCCAGCAUUAAUAUGUCACCGGCCAUUGAAGAGGACCAUCAUAAGCCAGCCGCCUCCAACUCAAGAUCAGCGUCACCAACUCCAGUGGACAGCUCACGAUCCUCUAUCAGCCACGAUGAUGGACACAUGGAGGACAACUACAGUGAGCCUGAUAUGAGUCCAAGGCCAAGCGAGGCCCCAUCACAGCAGGAGCAGCAUCAACAGCAGCAACAGCAGUCACAACAGCAGCAACAACAACAAGACUCUGAUGAGGAGACACAAUCACAAUCACAAUCACAAUCAGCAUCACCAUCACUCUCACAGUCACAACAGCAACAACAACCACCCGAGCAAGAGAAUCGUGGAAGAGUUGUUGUGAGGAUAUGUUUGGAAGGCUUUGGUGAUGUCCUGUUCUGCUCGUUCGCCGUUGGCUAUGACACUCUUUGCGGCACCGUACGCCAGAUGGUUGUCAAGAAGAUGAAGGUGCGACCAGACGUUGAACAGAACUACCUUCUGUUCAUCGUGCGCGAUGGAUUGGAGCGUGUGUUGGAGGACGAGGAGGUGCUGCUGGAGGCCGAAGACCGUGUCGAUCGCUUCGUCUUCAAGUUGUCCGAAGAGCACAGAUAA